AUGCUCCCUGAUGUGCCAUUUUUUCAAAUAGACGUCAACACUGGAAAACAUGCCACAUCCUUGCACCUCAAAGAUAAUCAUGACAGGGCUAUCUUCGAAUCCCUCCUCGCGGAUGCAGAUGUCAUCAUUGAUGGAUAUCGACCCGGCACCUGGGAGCGACUUGGCUAUGGAUCCCAAUACUUUAUCGAACUGGCUCGAAAGCGCAACAAGGGCGUUGUCUACGUCGCCGAGGACUGCUUCGGCGGCUCAGACGUGUCUGGCGCAGAGUGGGCGGACAGACCCGGAUGGCAACAAAUCGCUGACUGUGUAACCGGCGUGGCGUGGGCUCAGGGCAACUUCAUGGGCCUCGACGAGCCCGUCGUCCCACCGUUCCCCAUGUCUGACUAUGGCACCGGCAUACUGGGUUGUACUGCCGCUAUGGCUGGCCUGUAUCGCCGCGCCACAGCGGGUGGCAGCUGGAUGUGCCGAACUAGCUUGGUACAGUACGACGUCUUCUUGCUGUCGCUAGGUUUGUACUCGCGCGACGUGCAGGAGCAGGUGCGCCACAUGCACGAUGUAGACUUCUUCGCACUUCGGCACAGUGAUUCAGUGGACGAGGUAGGCAAGCGCGCCAAAAAGAGCAUGGUGAGGCUGUUCCCGCACCUGUUCGCCGACGACACGAUGCAGCGCGCAUGGAGCAAGGGGUUCGCGGCGGAGCUGCAGUGGCCGAAGGAGCCGAUCCGAAUUAAGGGACUGCGAGUUGGCCACGUUCGUGCCGCGAGACCUAACGGUUAUGAUGCGCCAACGUGGGAGGGCUGGGAGGAGGAGGAUGAUUUCCUGGCCGGAGACGAUUAA